AUGCGCAAAGCAAGGCAGAAUGUAAAAGGUGAAAAAAUUCCUGAUAAUUUUCCUUAUGCUCAACGAAUAUUUGGUAUUCGACGUAGCGUUUCGGUCUUUAUAGGGAUGUAUUCUGGUUUCUCCUUUCCUAUAUGCGGAUGGAAACAAAACAGUUUCAUACGUGACAAUGUUAUGAAUUGA